GCAGAAUGAGAGCUUAGCGUCUAAACAGCACAACUACAAGACCGAUCUCUGAGCUAACAAUUUGUGAUGUCUAGGGCUUGGAUUACCUUUAUCACGGCAUUUGCCGUUCUACUGCUACUUGGUGUAUCUUAUACACUCAUUCGCAACAAUACUACGACUCCUCUCAUAUCUGCUUCAAAGGAUUACCUUGUAAAUUGGAACGAACGGCAACGAUUGUCGAAGUCUUCAAAUAACACCAACUCCGCUGAUUCGUUUGUGGAGAUAAAUUUGAAAGAAGUCAAUUGGAAAGAAAUCCCUCGAUUGCCAUCGCCUCCGAAAGGAGAAAUGCACGAAAAAUGGAUAGUUCUGACCACAAUAAAUACUCCUACAGCAGAUGUGAAGAAGUUGGCUGGUAUAGAAGGCUGGAAAGUUGUAGUUGUGGGUGAUACUAAAACGCCGGCAGAUUGGAGUCAUCCAAACUGCAUUUUCUUGAGUGUUGAAAAACAAAAGUCAUUGGGAUAUUAUAUUCAUGAUUUACUGCCUUAUAAGAGUUAUGCCCGUAAAAACAUAGGUUACCUUUAUGCCAUCCAACAUGGAGCAAAAAUAAUAUAUGAAACAGAUGAUGACAACUCACCAACAAGUGGAAAAAUAACUUUCCAUCAGCAAGAAACUGGUGAUUUCCUUGUGUACAGGACUGAUUCUGUUGUGGUUAAUCCUUACGAGCACUUUGGACAGAGUACUAUUUGGCCUAGAGGGUACCCAUUGGAACACAUUGCUGAUCCACCAUCACACCAGUUUGUCAAAUGCCCUGGGGUAGACACAGCCAUACAGCAGGGUGUUGUUAAUGGGGACCCAGAUGUGGAUGCCAUCUUUCGUUUAACAAGAAAGGACCAGGGAGUGGACUUAAAAGUCGAGUUUGAUGUUGACGCACCACCUGUUGUUCUUCCAACACACACAAUGGCUCCUUUUAACUCACAAAACACACUGUUCUUGAACAAAGCCUUAUGGGGCAUGUUGCUACCAAUCACAGUGGCAUUUCGAGUCUGUGAUAUCUGGCGUGGGUACUGGGCACAGCGGUUGUUGUGGGAUGUUGGAUCGCAGCUGUCGUUUUUCCCACCAAACGCUGUUCAGUUUCGAAAUGCUCACAACUAUCUUGAUGAUUUCAUAGAUGAGAAAAUGCUCUAUCAUGAUGCUGGGCGUUUAGUGGAAUUUCUGGUGAAAUGGAGAUCUGACAAAAACAAUUUCUUCAGCAGAGUUUUAGAUCUUAGCAUAGCAAUGGUCGAAGAAGGCUUCUGGGAGAUGAAGGAUGCCAUGUUAACAGAAGCUUGGCUAACUGAUUUAAUAAGGGUUGGGUAUGAAAUGCCAUUCAUUCCAACUGAACCAAAGCCAUGCUUGAGACAUACAGUGGGUGGGGAAACAGUACUGUACUUCAAAGAAAAGCCUUCCUCGUAUUUGAGGGCAGGUAAAGAGUUAAAGUAUAUAUUAGAGCAAAAAGCAGGAUCAGCUUUUUUCUAUAGGGAAAAGAGGGGAUGAUAUGUUUGGGGAAUCUUUCAAGUUAAUGCCUCCACAGAUCUAAUACUUUUAUGAUUAUAAUUAUAGAUAACAUCCUCCUCAUAGUUGUUAUCAAUUCUCUC